GCGUCGCGCCGUCAGUCUGCCGUAACGUGGCGGCGCUGCGCUCGUGUGUGUGUGCUGCAGGAGUGGCUUUGAACUGUCAUUGUUCAUGUAGUUUUCUGUGAUAAGAAUUUUAUUGUGAAAUUAUAGUUUAGCGAAUUAAUUUAUACAAUCACUAUGUCUGCGUCGGGUGAAUUUGGUAAUCCAUUACGGAAGUUCAAGCUUGUAUUCCUGGGGGAACAGAGCGUGGGAAAGACCUCGCUCAUCACUAGGUUCAUGUAUGACAGCUUUGACAAUACUUAUCAGGCGACAAUUGGUAUCGACUUCCUGUCAAAAACCAUGUACCUGGAGGACCGCACGGUGCGGCUGCAGCUGUGGGACACGGCCGGCCAGGAGCGGUUCCGCUCGCUCAUACCUUCCUACAUCAGGGACUCCACAGUCGCUGUUGUUGUAUAUGAUAUAACAAAUUCAAACUCAUUCCACCAGACGUCUAAAUGGAUCGACGACGUGCGUACGGAGCGCGGCUCUGACGUCAUCAUCAUGUUGGUCGGCAACAAGACUGACUUGUCUGACAAGAGACAGGUGUCCACUGAGGAUGGAGACCGCAAGGCCAAGGAGCUCAACGUGAUGUUCAUCGAGACCAGCGCCAAGGCUGGCUACAACGUUAAACAGCUGUUCCGACGAGUGGCGGCGGCGUUGCCAGGCAUGGACUCAGCCGAGAGCAAGCCCCCUGAAGACAUGCACGAGGUGAUCCUGAGACAGGCGCCCGGCGACAGCAAGGAGGCGGACGGCGGCUGCGCCUGCUAGAGCCGUUGGGAUUCACUUGUGUACGGUGAUGCAUUUAGUUCCGAGUGAGAGCCGAAUGGAAUCAAAUUCCCUAUGUUUUUUUUUUUUUAAUAAACGACGGUAAUGUGUAAAUUGGAUGUACAGUUUCUAUGUCAAUAAGGCUCUGUUAUGUCGCCGCGGAUAUUGGCAUUUCCGUAACGUCAUUUAAGAUAAUUUGGUAAUACUAAAAAUAUACUAAAUCUAAUUUGGACUUUAACUCCAUUUCCUCCACACAAAGUUAUUUUUUUAAUGCAACAUAAAUUCGUUAGUUUAAUUCUCAUCCGCGGCUACGUAAAAGUCUCGAAGGUUAUGAAAUCACGUCGAGGACGACAAAGUGUGGACAAAGUGGCGAUCUGAAGUGUUUGUGCUAUGUGCUUUUGUGUUCAGUGAUAUUAGUGUCUAAUUCAAUAGCUUCCGAUCGCAGUAGGUCCUCACUAGCCUAAUUAUGUGAAAUCUCAUAAGUGCCUUAAAUAUACCGAUGAUUCGCAUAGAUGGCUAUCAUUUGUCUUGCUGAAAAUUUAAAUUUAUGUCACAGUUUGUCAAAAUUGACAACACGAUGUAUAUUCAAUUUUAAUAUACAAUUACAAUUUAUUAAAAAUGGCUGCUAUUUUCUAUGAGCGGUACGCCUAUUAGGCGUGUUUUGACCUUCGUUUUCUAUAAAAUAUUGUCGAUGUGUUUAAGGCACAGAUUCCUCUGAACGAAACACUUUUUUUUCGUCAUACAGUUAUUAUGAAAAACGCGUCAAUUAUUUUAAAGUAAUAUGUACACAGAAGCACGAUUUCGUCCGCUCCGCCGCCACUAGUAGCUUAUUUUGUAUAAUAUUAGGUGUAAAGGGUUUGUAUCUAAGUCUAAGACUGACUCAAUCGACGCCAUCUUCUGAUUACCUGAUUUCGUGAACCCCCACGUUAUUGGUCGAAAUAUUUCGCUUUUGAAAGAGCUGAUUGGUUGCCUCUAUCGCUGUUUCUGUCACUCAAUAUUAUUCUAAAGCCCGAAAUGAAUUGUCUAUAUUAUCAUUCUUUUAUCAUCAGAAUUCGUUAUACACGAAAAUAAACGCGCCAAGACGCGUAACAAAGUUUAUAUAAAAGUAAUAAUUUUCAAAGACCACUUUUAAUUUUAUUAUGGUCAAAUACUAAUUUGUGCUAGGGGUUGUAUAUUCUUCAAGUAAAUUAGUUUCCAAAAUCUGGAGGUUCCCUACACCCGCAAGAUUUAUGUCAAUUUUUCUUAGAUUUUUCAUGAGGGUUACCGUUUUCGCUCACUAGAUGACGCCACUGGCGAGAGAAGUAUUGUUAUUGCUCACAAUAAAAAAACGGUUUUUUUCCCACAGCAAAUGUUGAAAUUUGCCUCGGGCCCAGACCAGAGCCUCUAGCGGCAAAAAUCGCGAUAGCUCUCGUAUUGUAGGUUUUCACGCUAAGCUAUGAAAUUAUUCAUAUGUUUUUUGUUUUAAAAUUUGCUCAGGUGCUCUUUAGUGUACACAUCAAACGCCAAUCUUUUUCGAUGCAAUAUUAUUGUGUAUUUAGGUACAGAUCCUAUAUCUUAUGCACAUACAUGUCAUGUGCGAGUGUAGUACCACAGUGCAUAGAUAGCGAUUUUAAUAUUUAUUAUUGCUUUUUUACGAAUGAAACAUACGGAAUGAUUAAAAAUGUUUUACAUAGACGGUAUGAUCACCUAGGUUUUUAUUUCGAAAUUGGCUAGUGUCAUACAUAUAUUCUGUAAAAUAAUGCAAAUCAAUGGAAGCGAUUAUUAAAAUCUCACAUUAAAUUAGAUAUGCUAUUAAAUAUCAUAAAAUAAAUAAUAGUAGUAGGCAUUCACGGUAAUUUUUCACAAUUUUCAAUUAAAACAUCUAUCCAGUGAUAGAUGUCAAUCUUCAUUGAUACAAUUUGAAUUUAAUUCUUAACUCAGAAUAUGCAGAAUAUAACAUAUUGAAAAUAUUUGUAUACAGAUUGAGUGGUAUUAUUUUUUGAGUUGGUAUAGAUACAUUUAGUUUCGUGUAUAUUUGCUAUUGCCCAUUUAUAUUUAGUUUUAUUUAUUUAUUUAGUACUAAGUGAUCUGUAUCGAUACUUUUAUUCAAAUUAGUGAAAUUGUCAGCUAGCUUCCUAUUUUAAAACUGACUUUUUGCAUCAUUCCGAAGCUUUUUUAAAAUUACAUAUUACAUUGGAUGACAUCGGGCGAUCAUAAGAUAAAUAAUAAAUCGAUAAAAUUAAUAUUAAUGCUUAUUUAAAAUAAAUUAUUUUUAUAAAUGAGAUUUCUAUAUAUUUACUUUUAAGUUUUUAGUGGUUUAUAUGUAUAAUCAAUUAAUAUAAGUUCGCCUUCAAUGGUGCCAGUUAGUUAAUGUGGAAUACCACAUUUGCGUUUCUCACCAAUUGGACAAUGCAACUUUGUCACUUUUACGUAGUUUACAUUUAAAAUUGAAUUCACUUAAUAUGUUAUCAUAAAGGUAUUUUUUUUUAUAUUAUUAUUAUUAUUAUUUUAUAUCAUUUAUUAUUUCUUUAUCACCGUUAUUCUUAUAUCACCUUAGUUGUCAGACCAAAGUUGUUUAAACAAUUUAGGAAUAAAUUUAAUAGUUUUUUAGAAUCGAUAGUUGCAUUGCCCAUAACUGUUACAAUAUUAAACAAUAUUUGUGUUGCAUUUGCCAUGAAUAUGUCAAGUAGAUUGCGAUGUGCUCUAGAAGCAACUGUGUUACACGGCUAUUUUCAAAGACAUAGAAAACUAUAGACAAUGUUUCAGCGUAGCCACAUGAGAUAGACUACCCAAUUGUAGGCUGUCCAUAUGAAAGACGAUACAUGAUGGACAAUAAAGACAAUAUAUAUUAUAACGCUGUCUCGUUUCUCUUGUAUGAGCGAAAUGAAAGAUGUGACGGGGUCUAUAGCUUUCUCUGUCUACAGCUAUUUUACUACGCGACUGUAAAGAUUUUAUUUGUAAAUACCGUCUCUCACGCUGAUAAUGUUCUCAAUAAAAUUUAUAAACACUAA